AUGGAAGCAGUGGAUAACAACAUGGGUGGUGUGUUCUUUGUCUAUGGAUUUGGUGGAACUGGUAAAACCUUCCUAUAUAAAACUCUAUCAGCAGAAUUAAGAGCGAGAGGAGAAAUCGUCUUAAACGUAUCGUCCAGUGGCAUUGCUUCUCUAUUGUUAGCAGGUGGAAGGACAGCACAGUCUAGGUUCGGAAUUUCAAUAAAUCCGCAUGAAAGUAGUGUUUGUACAAUGAUUCCGGGUUCAGAUCAAGCACAACUGGUGGAAGAAGCAUCUUUGAUAAUAUGGGACAAAGCUCCAAUGAUGAGCAAACAUUGUUUUGAAUCGUUAGAUAGAAGUUUGUCGGAUAUUAUAAAAGGAGCUGGUAAUCGACCUUUUGGUGGAAAAGUUGUUGUAUUUGGUGGAGAUUUCAGGCAAGUGUUACCCAUCAUCCCAAAUGCAGGAAGAGCAGAAAUAUGUAUGAGUGCACUAAAUGCUUCUUAUCUAUGGAAGCAUUGUAAAGUAUUGAAGUUGACCAAGAAUAUGAGGCUUCUUGCGAAUAAUUUGAGUCCUACAGCAGCUCAAGAUAUAAAGGAUUUCUCAGAAUGGAUACUAAAAGUUAGUGAUGGAAAGAUUUCUGAACCUAAUGAUGGUGAAGUGAUGAUAGAUAUCCCUGAAGAGUUUUUAAUCACAACUGCAGAUGAUCCUAUUGAGGUAAUAAGCAGAGAGGUUUAUGGAGAUCCUAAAUGUUUGAAAGAUAAUGAUGAUCCUAAUUUUUUUCAAGAAAGAGCAAUCUUAUGUCCGACCAAUGAGGAUGUUGGGAUAAUCAAUGAGUAUAUGCUUGAUCAGCUUGAAGCUGAUAAACGUUUUGAAAAUAAUCCAGUGCUUACACCCGAUUUCUUAAAUAGCCUAAAGGUAUCUGGAGUUCCAAAUCAUAAAAUUAGAUUGAAGGUGGGUUGUCCAGUAAUGUUGUUGAGGAAUAUAGAUCCAAGAGGAGGGCUAAUGAAUGGAACAAGGUUGCAGAUCACACAAUUAGCUGAGUUUGUUUUGGAAGCUAUUGUGAUUACAGGAGACAGAGUGGGCGACAAAGUACUCAUUCCAAGGAUAUUGCUCACUCCUUCAGAUACUAAACUACCAUUCAAAAUGCGGCGAAGACAGUUACCAUUAGUUGUUGCUUUUGCAAUGACUAUUAACAAAAGUCAGGGACAGUCUUUGGAUUAUGUUGGGUUGUAUCUGCCAAGGCCAUGUUUUUCACAUGGUCAGCUUUAUGUGGUAGUUUCAAGAGUUACUAAUAAAAAAGGAUUGAAGGUUUUGAUUGUAGAUAAAGAAGGAAAACCACAGAAGGAAACAAUGAACGUCGUAUUCAAGGAAGUUUUUCAGAAUUUGAAAUGA